CCUAAGUUGUUGCCAGCAGAUGCUAGAGCGCUAGCAUGCAAGCGUCGUGGAUGCGUCUUUGUUACGUUUGUCAAGUAUUGAAGUUAGGUCUAGCGCUGGCUGUCGUUGUAACGGUGCACACUGGCAGUUGUACAAAAUCUGUAUUGAAACGCAGUAGCGCAAUUCCUUCCGCUACAUGGAGUGAAUGGACAAUCAGUUCCACUUGUACUGCAAGCUGUGGAAGAGGUUAUCUCAUGCGCAAGCGACUGUGCAAGGAGCACUUAUCACGCUCGGGUGAAAGUCUAUGCGUGGGUUCUGACCAAGAAAUAUCUAGAGUUCCGUGCAAUGUGCAACCCUGUCCAGGCGCUGCUGCAGGUCAUUUGACUAUCAGUCUGCAGCCUAGUGUUAUGUCUGUGUGGCAAAGCUAUCCUGCAACAUUUCACUGUGCUGCUACCUCGGAAGAAACGACUACUAUGCUUGAGUUCUCUAUCAACGGAAAAGAUAUAAACACAAUGUCCAACGUCAGCAUCACCUGUUGGACAUCAACCAACUGCUCACUGUUAAUUCACAGAGUUACUGCUGGCAAGGACAAUGGCACAAUCAGCUGCUGCAUGAACAGCCGAGUUGGCAAAACUUGUAAAACUGCACAGUUGAUCAUUCAAGCUGGAAGAUUUUCAGUCAGUGUAAGCAGUGAGAUUCUAGUAGGAUCUCGUGUCUAUCCACUAAUAACCAAGAUUCCUUCCAACAGUCCUGUGAAAACUGUUGUUGUAGAGCUGACUAUUAGAAACAUGAAAGUAAUGCAACUAAAUGGAUCUGUUCCUGCACAAGGCAAAUAUGAAUGGAAUGUCAAGCAACUACCUGAAGGUGCUCAAUUUGAUGUGCUCUAUCGACUGAGAGUUUGGGACAAGCAGACAAAAGUGGAGGCCUUUUCGAAUACAUUCAAAUUUAAACGUAAUAAAAUUCAUAUUACUGCACCACUUGAUGACAAAGGCCAACUUAUUGCACCACCAAAGGUGCACAUGGGGGUAACAUCUUGGUAUUCAUAUAACUACUCAAAAGAAAAUGUGUUUAUGCAGAAGCUGACAGUGUCACUGGUCACACUGAAUGGCACAAUUGCAAGCAACAUUGGAACAUUUGCUGUGCAUCAGCAGUAUUUGCCUUUAGUGGCAAGCUGGGUUCCUGGAAUACCAAAAAAAUUACUGUCUGAUGUAUAUCGUCUUUAUGCUAAAGAUGAUGGGCAGACAGGUGCUGAAGGAUUGAGUGAACCUUUCAGAAUUGCAAGUGGAUCUCUGUAUAUUGUUGUGCCUAGUCACGUCACAUUUGGGACAGUUGUUAGUGUAUUUGGAAAAGUUGAGCCCAGAGAGCUUUCUGAAAAGAUUUACUAUCACAUUGUUGAGCCAGAUGACUGUAACUCUGAAGUAGUGGAUGUAACAAAUGAAAUACAAAACUGGCCACAUGCCACAUGGAAACUUUCUCUGUCUGCACUUCAUCAUGUGAAAGUUGGACAGCAAUAUCGUCUUAGAGCCACUUCAUUGUGUCCAUCGUAUUUAUACACAUGUUCUGCAAACACAGUUGUCUUUGAUGCUGGGACACUGUCAGUUUCAGUUGGCAAGGGAGGAGAUGUGGUCUACUUGGAUGAGUCAUAUCCCAUUACAUUUCACGUGCCCCACAAUUUGGUGUUGGUGAAACGAGUAUCAGUCAAAAUUUACUGUCAUACCAUGUACGGUGUCUCUGAAACAUGGACGAUAGCUUCUGGUGUUCCUAAAGAAAUGAGAACUAUUUGGUGGCAUGUUGGUCAUGAAGGAGUCGACAGACCUUGGCAUUCUGUAUCUGUUAAUCGCGUUUGUUAUGUUUCUGUGUAUGAUACAGAUGGCAUUGCAGCUGCAGGCACCUCUCAAAAUGUUACAGUGGUCAAGAGUUGUGUUGUCGUGAAGCCCAACAUUAGGACUGGUUUACCAAUGGAAAUUGGUGUUCAAUUUCGAGCCAACCAGGACUUGUCUGGAGUGUCUGCUCAGCUAGUUGAUCAGUCAAACACAUCAAAUAUUCUGCAUGACUAUCCAUCUUCAGAAAUUACGAUUGGAAGCAACAUGAUGACAAUGCAGAAUGCACGAGUGCCUGCUGUGAAUGGUAAACCAGUAACUGGUCCAUAUCUGAUGCGAGUGUUCCAUCCAAAAGAUGAAAUAACUGCUUUUUCAGAUUCAUUUACGUUUUAUGGAUGGCCAAUACAAGUGAAAAUUUAUGGCAAACAAGGAGAUGCACAUACCAGUUUGUUACUGAUGUUGGAGGUUGUUCAAAUCACAUUCAGUGUUCCUGAGCAAUUUGUCAAUCUAGUUGGCUCUAUUGAAUAUAAUGUGUACUUGAGAAAUGCUACCAAUGACUUCACUAUUUUCUCUACCAAGGCUGAGUUUGCCUCAGGCAAAUAUUUCACUGGUAGAAACUUUACUGUCAUGUGGACCGUUGGAGAGACUGCUGAUGGCGGUGAGAUAUCUUUGGGCCAAUAUGUAGUGGUUGUGAAGGAUGCUAUACACAAUGGAGGUUCAUUUCUAGCUGAAGGGCAUAGUCAAGAAUUAAAUAUUGAUACUCCUGUACAAGUUAGGCCAGUUGCUGGUGAGUCAGUAUGGCAGCAACAAACAAUGAAAUAUGAAAGAUCCAAUGAAAAGCAACCCGUGUUGCAUAAUUCACAAGGUUCUAGCAAUGAUAAGUUGAGUGGAGGAGUUACAGCAGGCAUCGUCGUUGUUGUCAUUCUUGUUGUGACUGUUUGUAUUUUGCUGGUGAUCGUUGCAGUGAAAUCUCACUAUGACAGCACCUCAACGAGGACGCCAAUCCUUAGCACUAGGAAAGAACGUAGCCGUUUGUUUUAUGGAUAUCAAACAUUAGGAGAAAUACCACAAGAAAAAAACUAAAAUUUAAGAUAAUGAUAUAAUGGACGCUUGCUAUUAGAUCUGCUCUCAUUUGAUUGAUAUUCUAUAGACCUAGCUGCGAGUAGCUACAGUGACUUCUGUAUAAUUGACGUAUUACUAUAUGUCAUUUGAAUUUAUCUGCAUUUUGUAUAGCACAAGUAACCGAACAAUCAACUAAAAAUUUCA